GGAAGGAGCGCCAGCCCACUAAACAGCCCACACCGCCGUUACACGAACCCCGGCUCCGACCAGAACGCGCGGCGGCGGUCAUGUCCUCGCAGUCGCCGGAGCCCUCGACGCCGGGGACUCCCACCCCGCUCCUCAGCGUCCGCAUCGUCUCCAUCGACUACUACAUGGCGCCGCCCCUGCCCGGCUUCGACUUCUCACGCAGCCCCUUCCACGGCGAGGAGGUGGAGGAGGUGCCGGUGAUCAGGAUCUACGGCUCCACCCCCGCGGGCCAGAAGACGUGCCUCCACAUCCACCGGGUCCUGCCAUAUUUGUAUGUGCCUUGUCCAGAGGAGCUGCUCUAUAAUCUAGACAAAGGUAAUUCAUAUAUAACCGGUCUCCUGAGCAACCUUGAAAAAGCAUUGCAGAUUCGUGGCCCAUCAAAACGAAAGCAUGUGCAUGGAUGUAGCCUUGUUAGAGCAAAGAACUUGUAUGGCUACCAUGCAUCCGAGGAACUUUUUAUGAAGAUUUAUCUAUAUUAUCCUCGUGAGGUUUCUCGAGCUGCGACCCUUCUAUUGAGUGGUGCUGUUUUUAAUAGAGCAUUUCAGCCUUAUGAAUCUCACAUUCCAUAUCUUCUUCACUUUUUGGUUGAUUACAACUUGUAUGGAAUGGGACAUAUACAUGUCAAAGACUUCAAGUUUCGUCCUCCAUUGCCAGAUGAUUUUCAUCCUAAGUCAUCUCUUCGCAGGAAGGUGGAUUGUUUUGCUGUAUCGGAGCUCAAACAAGCACAAUCAAAUAAUUCGGAAAUAAAAAGUCCAACAGUUUGGAUAUCUUCGACAGUGUCACAUAGUUCAAUACUGGGCAGUUCUGCCACUUCCUAUUGUUUGGGAGGAACCAAUUCGAGCUUCGCUAGUCGACAUAGUUCUUCAAUGCUCGAAGCUGAUUCAAGAGUAGAAGUUUCACCUUCAGGCAUCAUAAACGAGAAGUAUAAGAUGUACACUUCUCUUUCUCAAACAACAGAAGAUACGAAAAUGGUUCAGUCACUUGUAGCAGUUUGGGAGGAACUUGAACACUUGAGAUUGUCGGAGGAAACAAAAUAUACUGAUCUGGGUAGACCUUCACGGGAAGAAGUUCUUAAGGAUUUUCUUCAUGGUAUCAAGUAUGAGAGUGUCCUUUCUAUGUUAUUUUCACAAGACGAGCCACACUAUAAAGUUUCUACCACAGAAGAAUCUGAAAGGCUAGAAAGAUGCUUCAAAUCAUUGACUGAUAUUGUUGGGACUGUUACAUUCUCACAGGAUGACUACUGUGAUGAUACUGAUGUUGGUAAUUCUGCUGGUAUGCAAAAUGACAAACCAAAUGCAAGUCAUCACUCAGGGUCUUUGAAAAAAAUUGUGCAGACUAUGUCUCCUGAGAGAAUCAGUGAAUAUCUUGUGUCCUCACCUGUGACCCAAAGAACACUAUCUCAGUUUUCUGAUGAAGGUGAAAAGAAAGUGGAUGCUGAAGCCCUUGGACUUUUAAGCUGGCUGGCCUCCUCACAAGCUGCAGAGGAACCAACAACUGACGAUGAAUUAAUUAAUGAAGUCAUCCUCAGCCCUUUGUUUGCCAAGAAGUCCAUUGAAAUUGCUUUAGAGUCUGCGCACUUGGAUUUUGACAGUGCUUCUCAGCAGGAGUGCCAGGAUAUUCUUGAUUCAGUUGAUCCGGUCAAUGCAGCAGAAGAACCAAACACACAUACAUCUUACCUCGAUUCUGUAAGGCCUAAUUCUACUUCUUCGGUGGGCAACACUAUUCCUCAGGUUGAUGGGUCAUCUGAUGAGAACCCAAAAGUCUCCCAAGAAUAUGAUAGAACCAAGAUCGCCAGGAAAACAGUAGGAUCGCCUAGUUAUACACCUACUAAGAAUUUUUCAAAAUCAGCCAGUAAGCGUUCAGGAACUGAACAUCUCUGGGGUUCUUUGCCUCUUUCCAGAAAAAUGCGGGCACAUCGAAAUGAUGAUGAUUCAUGCAGUGCAACACCCUCACAGAAGGAUUUAAAUGCAUCUAAUGAGAGUACAGCUGAUAAGAACUAUCACGAUACCACGGGCAACACCGACAGGGAAUCUUCUAGUUUUGUAGGUGUACAUGAUUCAGUCUGUCAUUCUGUGAGGGAUUUGAUGAGAAGGAGGAGAUCUUUCCGCCGUGAGCAGUUGGAGUUUGGUAGUUCUGGGUCUGCAACAUGCACCAUGGAUAAAGAGAGUGAAAUUGUGAACUCUGGGGGAUCGGAAUUUCAUGAUUUCUCAAGUGAUGUUCCAAACUCAGCAAUGGCUUAUUCUGGUGAUGAAUGUUUACAGAUGACAUUUGCUCAGAAGCCUCCAUUGAAGAACCAUGUAUGUUCUGAUUGGGAGAGUCCUUCGGGCUGUGAGCAACAUGAAUCUGCUAAAAUAGGAUUAGCUGAUCUCCUUCCAUUUUUCAAUCAGAAUAUAGAGGAGAAUAGGCAGAAUGAAUUGUUUCAACAUAUGGAAAGCAACGAGUUUGCAGGUGGUGCAUUGGGUGUCCCAACUCAUUUCCAAAAUGAUGGCUCAGCCCUAUAUUUGCUGACACAUGCACUUUCGCCGCCAUCUGCAGUAGCUGUGGGCCAGUGGCUAAGCCAACAAUCUUGUUCUAGUAUUUGCACUGGUUAUGCCAACUAUGAUGAGGGAGUCCCAACUGAUAAGGAAGAAGCACACAGUUCUACUUUGUCACAAAAUUCUCCUAACAGAUCCACUUUGGAGAAUUCUGCAACAAAAGUUGCUGUUGUUGGUGAUGUCAUGGAAUCAACUUUAUUACCUAACAACAAAAGUAAACAGUUGGAUGAGUGGCAUGACUUUUCCCAGAUAUCAGCUGGAAAUGAUAAGUAUAAGCUCACACCUCUCAGUCAAGUUGGAUUUCGUGAUCCUGCUAGUAUCGGUGGUGGACAACAACUAACUAUACUUAGCAUGGAGGUUUUAACAGAAAGCAGAGGAGAGCUGCGUCCUGAUCCACGUUUUGAUGCCAUCAAUGCUGUAUCUUUGGCCAUCGAGGAUGAUGCUGACAAUACUGUCGAACUUCAUGUGUUCAUACGUGACAACAGUGACAAAUCAUGUAGCAGGAGAAAUCCGGAUGGUAUUGUUGGCUGUAAUAUAGACGUCUUCCCUGAAGAAAGGGACCUUUUGAACAAUCUUAUCAGUGCAAUCUGUUCAAUUGAUCCUGAUAUCCUAGUCGGGUGGGAGAUUCAAUUAGGAUCUUUAGGAUUUCUUGCUGAAAGAGCUGCUUAUCUGGGUAUAGGGUUACUGAAAAGAAUUUCAAGAACACCACCGCAUGAGCUGAAUCAUCCACCUAAAGCUCCAGUCAAUGAAUCUAGUCAGUUGCUUGCUGAAGCAUCUUCUGCUGAGGAUGUUAUUGAUGAUGUCAGUGAGAACGAUUGGAGUCAUACUCAUGUGAGUGGUAUACAUGUUGGUGGAAGAAUUGUGCUUAAUUUAUGGCGUCUUAUGCGUGCAGAAGUUAAGCUUAAUAAUUACUCACUUGAAGCUGUAGCAGAUGAAAUACUGAGGCGAAAGAUACCUCUGAUACCAAACAGGAUAUUGAACCGCUGGUUUGCAACAGGUCCUGGACGAGGAAGACACCGAUGCAUAGAAUAUAUUAGCAAUAGAGCUAGAAUCAACCUUGAAAUAAUGAAUCAACUGGACCUGGUGAAUCGAACAUCUGAACUUGCUCGUGUAUUUGGUAUUGACUUCUUUUCUGUUCUUUCUCGGGGGUCUCAGUAUCGUGUUGAAUCUAUGCUCCUGAGAUUGGCUCAUACACAGAACUACCUUGCAAUUUCACCCGGGAAUCAACAGGUUUCUUCUCAGCCAGCCAUGGAGUGCUUGCCGCUUGUAAUGGAACCAGAAUCGGCCUUCUACCCUGAUCCAGUUGUUGUAUUGGAUUUUCAGUCCCUCUAUCCUUCCAUGAUAAUAGCGUAUAACCUAUGUUAUUCUACAUGCCUGGGUAAAGUUUUCCCAUCAAAGUCAAAUGUACUUGGUGUCAGCUCAUAUUCAGCAGAUCCACAUACACUUUUAGAUCUGAGAAAUCAGCUUCUGCUUACUCCAAAUGGGGUCCUAUAUGUGCAACCAGAGGUGAUGUUCCUAGUUUCUGAGCAAUAUCUGAUCUUCAUAUUGAUAAGAAAAGGUGUGCUUCCUCGCCUUCUAGAGGAGAUAUUAUCAACAAGAAUUAUGGUGAAACAAGCAAUGAAAAAGUUGGGUCCAUCCCAGAAAGUUCUGCACAGGAUAUUCAAUGCACGGCAGCUUGCUCUGAAGCUGAUAGCUAAUGUGACAUAUGGCUACACAGCUGCUGGGUUCAGCGGUCGGAUGCCUUGUGCAGAGCUUGCAGACAGCAUUGUUCAAUGUGGUCGUAGAACGCUUGAGACAGCAAUAUCAUUUGUCAACCAGCAUCCUUUGUGGAAAGCUAGGGUUGUUUAUGGUGAUACUGACAGUAUGUUUGUUCUUCUAAAAGGGCGUUCUAGGGAAGAAGCAUUCAGAAUAGGAAAGGAGAUCGCCUCAUCAAUAACUGCGAUAAAUCCUGAUCCAGUCACAUUGAAGUUUGAGAAAGUGUAUCAGCCAUGCUUUCUUCUUACAAAGAAGAGAUAUGUUGGCUAUAGCUACGAGAGUCCUGAACAGAAUGAGCCAAUCUUUGAUGCCAAGGGGAUAGAAACAGUUCGGAGAGAUACGUGCCCAGCAGUUGCAAAGAUUUUGGAACGGUCUAUCAGAAUAAUGUUUGAAGAACAGGACUUAACCAAAGUCAGGUCAUAUUUGGAGCGUCAGUGGACACGCAUAUUAUCAGGGAAAGUUUCUAUCCAAGACUUUAUUUUUGCAAAGGAGGUCCGCUUAGGUACUUACAGUGCAAGGGCUUCCACUCUGCCACCUGCAGCGAUUGUUGCAACAAAAGCUAUGUUGUCUGAUCCAAGGGCAGAGCCUCGGUAUGCAGAAAGAGUGCCAUAUGUUGUAAUCCAUGGGGAACCAGGGGCUCGUCUCGUCGACAUGGUUAUUGAUCCUUAUGGACUCCUAGAAGUGGGAUCUCCUUAUAGAUUAAAUGAACUAUAUUACAUAACCAAGCAGAUUAUCCCUGCACUACAACGUGUUUUUGGACUCCUUGGUGCCGACCUGAAUAGGUGGUUUAAUGAGAUGCCUCGCCCCAUACGACCAACUCUUGCGAAGCGCCAGUCUGCUUCUGGUCAUGGCUUGUUUUCUCGUGAUGGCAGCUUCAUUCGAUUAGGAUUGAAUAAUAAAGCCUCCAGCAAAGGAGGCAGGAUAGAUACAUACUACAUGUCAAGCCACUGUUCAAUCUGUGGCGAUCUAAUUCAAGGAUCAGAGACCUUCUGCGGAAAUUGCUUGAAAAAUGAAUCUGUUGUUGCCACAGUAGUUGCUGGCAGAACUUCAAAGUUGGAGCGAGAAAUCCAACAUCUUGCGGCUAUAUGUGGCCACUGUGGCGGCGCAGACUGGAUUGUUGAAAGUGGGGUCAAGUGUAUUUCCCUUGCAUGCCCAGUCUUCUAUGAACGGAGAAAGAUUCAGAGGGAGUUGAGAGUUGUCUCAGAAUCGGCAGGAGAAGCUGGGUACUAUCCUUUCUGCUGCGCUGAACUCUUUUGAACAGAACAUGUUUGUACCGUGUAAAUUGUGAGAUCUGUAACUUGUAUCAAACGUGUGUAUAGCAACUGGUGUUGUUGUAACAAAUGUAGAACAGGUAUUGAGGAUAUAGGUAAAGUGUAUAUUUAAUUGAAUGAGCCCCAAUUAAUGGGAGAAAUGUAUCACAUAGCUUGCUGCUGACCUGCUGUUGGGUUCAGUGUUGAUGUUGUAGCACUGUAUAACAUGUAUUGAGGAAAGAGACUAUUUGACAAUACCACUGCCCCGUAGUUUGCUGCUGGCCGGCAGUUGGGUUCAGUA